AUGACAUCUCUGGCGCGUAGUGCAGUCCGUCAGUUUGACGGAAGGCAGGGCAACAUCAAUGAAUGGCAGGGUUUCCACAGGGAUGCAGCACUUUGGGACGAUGACGGCGACUGUCGGAUAUAUCUUCACGCAGUUGGAGCUUCACAACGAGGACCCAGCUUCUGUCUGCAACAUCAAGUGAUUGAAGCCUUGCAUAGCGAAUACCUUACCGAAUAUUGCUACUACAUCGACCCAUCAAGCCCACUACUAGGAAGCGAAGACGGUUCGUCAGACAGUGGGUAUGCCUCCUCGCACGCCAGCAAAUUACCGCCUACCGAAUACGUGACAUACAUCCCUGCGCCGGCGAGUCUCACCCGUGAUCAAGCUUACAAGUAUCAUUUGACAACCCGCAAUUUCUUCGCUUACGCCACCUCCCAACCGAUUGUCGGAGAAACACUCGGAAGUGCUCUCGUGGACUUGCUGGACCGUGUUAGGUCAUGGCAGCCACAAACUGCGGCGCUGGCCAACUUCACCAGCUAUUGCCAGGGCCAGGGUUACCUAAACAUGGCGGAGAACAUUGAUCACGCACUGGCUUGCUUGUCCUUGGCAGAGCAUGCUCGACUUGCGGAUUUGUGGACCGAAGCUUUUGUGCAUAGCGUUGGCAUGCAUGAGCGGUUAGGCCUUAGUCAGGAGUACCACGGCUUGACCCGUACCACUAAGGCUCUACUCACUCGCUCCUCCUUGGAGAUGGAUCUGCAUAUCGCAAGAGUGACCAGAGCUCUCGGGACAUUCUUGGAAGAGGAGCUAGGGCCGGAACAUCUGGGACUUUCGAAACCGGCGAGAGAUCAUCUUGAUCGGUUCCGCAGCUGCCUGCACCGUUACUAUGUCGACAAAUUAGGUUACUUUCCUCCGGACACUGAUGGGCAGUGGAAUAAGCGUCUUUGGACGAAGAUGUAUCACGCUUUCCAGACGUUGUACGAAUACCUGGUGGAUACUGACUCGACGAACGAUCCCUCCGAUGCACGUGGGAUGACAGGUGGCAUUUGUGUCGUUCAAAAUGUCCGCGCGUUCGAUCUGCGCCAUGGCUAUGCAUCGCUGCCGCACCCUCUUCCCUUGCUACCAAACAUUACGUCCAAAGCGCGUACGACGGAGCACCAGAGAGGUCUUAGGCACUUCCGCCUUGGCAAAGGCGAAGAUGGAUCUGCACUCCAGCCUUCUCUGAAACGGGUGCUAGCAAAGGCAACAAACUCUGACGUACAAGAUACCAUGAACUGUGAACUGGUUGCGGAGUACCAACGCUUCGAGCGAAUGAAGUUGGAGGAGAAGCUCAGCAUGACCGAAGCUCGCAAAGUCCGCUGGCUGCUCAUCUAUGGCGUGUUGCAGAUGCUGAUUAGUAUCACCCGCGCACCCGGCGUAGUCCGAGACACUGAUAAGCCAACAUAUCCGCUUUGUGUUCUCACGACCGGCUGCCCACCCUGGGCCGUAGAGCCAGUAUCUGGCCGGACGUGUGCACCAGCCGCGUCUUUCGAGGUCAACGAGUCCUGUCAGCCAAGAGGGAAGACUCAAGAGGAGAAGUUCUCCGUGCGGCCGGACUGCGAGGCCGAGAACGCCGAGGAGUACUUCUCUGCAUCGGCUCUUUCGAGCCGACCUUCUGUACACAGCUUCGAUCUCACUCCGGCUCCGCUUCGUAUCACCACCCAGCUUUCCAAGAAUGCCUCACUGCGUUCCAGCGUGCAUGCACUCCAGCGAUCGAUCGUUGGUAGCAUUUCACGGCGUGGCAGUCAACGGCGGAGCACAGUGUCUCGCCCGCUGUCGAAAAAGGGCUCCUUUUCUGAGAUCAUCAUCGACGGUUACGGCAAUGGUGUUGAUGCCGAGAUAGAGCAGGCACGCCGAGAAAGCAUCAAUGCUAUUGCUGAAGGCCGCGCAUCCGACACAAUCUCCCUGGCUGCUUUUGACUUCGGCCUGGAGGAUCUCAACGAAGAGCCCAUGCUCGAAGACUCUCAGGUCACUGCGAUGUUCCAGGAUGUAACGAUGCGUCCGCUAGGUCGAGUGUUGUCCGAUAGCUCAAUCUCCGAAACGGCGAGUAACAACGGCAGUUCAACGAGAUCAUCGACCCAGCUCGAAGAGUACGACUCCCCUCUCACGGACUACUCUCCUUGGAACAUGGACAACAGCAGGCGCAAUAGCAACGUCAAACUGUCGGACCUAGUCACCGCAUCACUGACAUACGCAAGCCUGGGCUCUCCUCGCGAACGGCAUAGUUGCUUGGCUAAGCAGAUGUAUAGUGCCCCACUGGGCAUGAGUACUUCUUGUUACAGCGUCAAUGCCGGCUGCUAUUCGCCUUCUGGGCGCCCGAGCCUGUCGUUCUCGACAGUGGAUAUCCACAGAAAGGGCAGUUCGGACUCGGUGGCUUCGUCCGCAAGCUCAGUAUAUCCGGAGAUGGCGCUUCAGGCCGCAGAGAUAGAGGAAGAGGAAAUGAGAGGUCGUCGCAGAGUGCGGGCACUUGACCGACUCUCCCAGCAGGACCUAGACGCUCAGGGCAGAAAACUGUGCUUUAGUACCUAA